AUGAAGAAACUACUUUUAAUAGCGAUAUCAAUUUUAUUUGUGAUAAACACUUUGAGUGCAAAACCAAUGUCCGGCCCCGACAAUUCGGAUAGUAAUUUAUUGAGAAAUAAACGAGACUUCACCUUUGAGGAAUCAAGCAGUAGCCAUUCUUCAUCUUCAUCGAGCUACCACCAAAAAAUAACCAGUUCAGGAUCCGUACCACAUACGUUUGUUUUUGUUGGACAAGGUAAAAAUAAUGAAAACCAUAUUCACGUCAGUAAAUAG